AUAAACACUUGAAGAGGACACUUCAGCAUCACUGAGGGUGGACAGGCAUCCGACAAUUUCGGGCUCUUUUUCCACCGCCCAGCUAUUAAUUCCAUUGAUCAUCAAUCGCGUGUGACGAGUGUUUUCUUUUUGACCACCAAGAGCCCAUCGAAGGAGUAGACAGCUCUUCACCUACGCAUCUUAUGGAUUUCCUACCAAUUUCCCACCACUAUAGGUCAACAGUGACUUAGCCAUGCGAUCGCUCGAGUUGUUGAAGCUGACCUAAAGGAACCAGUCGCCACCGAAAGUGUUAUAGACAGUGUGAGGAAAACUUAGAGUGUGAUUCAGAUUUUCCGAAAACUUCUCUUCUGAGGACAUGAGUUGGUCGCCUGAUGUGCUGGAUUUUGUGAUGCGACAGAAGAGAGAAAAGCGAUAAAAAAUGUGGCCGAGAAUAGAAACUCCACAAGAUUUUCGCCAGUGAAUAAUAGCCAGUGAAAUGUGUGCAAAAAUCUAGAGAUUUUCUCUAAGAAACUCACAAAAACAUGAAGUCAAUUUAGUUUGAGAAGAAAAUUUUCCCACUGAUAUGCAAAACCUGACAGUCGUGCAGAUUCAAAGAGGACACAAGUUUUCCACAAAUUGAACAAAAGACAAAACUUUAGUCCAAUUAAUUAAAAAAAAGUGCAAAAAAGUCCACGAGUAAAAAUUAUACGGUUUUGUGAUAUAAAAUACAAGAGAACAUCUAAUUUGACAAUGAAGUUUGGAAAGUGAUUACAGAAAUUGCAAAUACAAAAAGAAACACUAAAGAAAAUGAUUACAUCUUCCUGCAAAUACUUUAUCAAAAUUAAUUGAAGUUCUUCGUUUAAUCAGUUAUCCUUUGUUUUUCGCUGUUUUCAAUUUCCCGUUUUAUCGAAUAAAACUACUCGUGGCGGAGAAAUCGCUGCUCAUUUCCACUGCGGAAAGCACCAGUAAAAAUUUUCAAUAAUCACGAAAUAGUUUAAAGAACCGGCAGCAAAAUGAGAAUUAAAAUGCCAGCUGUUCGAAUUGCACAAGACUCCGAUACAUCAGCAGACACACCUGAGGGGAGUCUUCAGGACAUUCUGACGUGUGGAUCGUGUCAGAAGACGUUCGCUCUAUCGGAUAUUGUUCGUUUCAUCCAACACAAAGUCAAUCAAUGCAAUAAAGAAAACUAUGGACAGUGUUUUAGUCAAGGCGGGGCGCCAGGUGACAGAGAUGCAGACGAUGGGAGACCUCUGAGCCUAGUGAACACCCGACGACCUUCCAUAUCGGCGCCCAUUUCAGCACGAAAACCCUCAGGAUCGCGCGUUCACUCACCGCCACUCUCAAGUCCAGCCGAACUUCUACUCCUCGGCGAUGGAGGAUCAUCGAGUACACCAAAGAGACUCUCAGACGACAAUGACCCGUCGACCCCAAUCCGGAGAGCCAUCAACAGUCCUCUGGGUUCCAGCAGCAUGGAUGAGCUCAACAAGGCGGAGGAGAUGGAGAUUAAGCAGGAGCGAAUGGACACGAGUUCCAGCCACGGUGAGGAGAGUCCUCUUGUGGACAGCAAACAUCCCGCCAAGAAGCUGAGGACUCAAGUUGCAGAUGCAGAAUCCAACACAAUGAACACUGAGCCCAGCAAUUACGUGUGUUCGACUUGCAAAACGCGACUGCAUUCCGCAUGGCGCCUCGUGCAGCACGUCCAACAUUCGCAUGGCGUGAAGAUUUACGUUGAAUCCUCGCCUUCAUCCUUGCUCAUGUCCGCCUCUUCGCCGGCGGCCUCCACAUCCUCUUCCUCCCUCAAUCCACUCAACCUCUUGGGCACAACGAAGAGCAUGAAGGAUCUCAGCGGCAGCUCCACGAGCUCCUCUGCCAGCUCAUCGGGCAGCAGCACCCAGCCGAGCCAGUCGGUCAGCCUGCCACAACCCACCGCCACCACACAAGUGGGCUCGAGCCUCCCGCCGCCGGGUCUGCGACACCACCCGCUCCUGCCGCCGCCAGACAUGCAUGGCAAUCCGUUCGGACUGCUGCGGAUGCCACUGCCGCCGCUGUCGCAGGGCCCUGUGGUGCCGCCGGUGACGCCGCUCUUCUCGCGUCCCCACCCUGACCACCACUUCCGCAUGGAGCAGCUCGUGAGCGAGCAAUUCCGCCACCACGGCAUCAACCUGGCCGCGGCAGCCGUGGCCGCUGCCAAUAGCCUCGCUACGCCACACAACGCCGCCACCUUCCCGUCACCCUCGGCGGCGCAGGCGGACACGCGGCCGCCCAGUUCUGGGGCGCGCGGAUCCAUGCCAUCGGGCUCAGUGACACCAGGCAGCGCCGGGAUGGGCGCCCAUGAGCCUCAAAUGGAUUUUUACUCGCAGCGAUUGCGGCAGCUUGCCGGAACUACGAGUCCGGGAGCUGGUGGAGGUGCGGCUAACUCGAGCUCGCCGAGUCCGCGCAAGCAAUCGCCGCCCUUCGCGAGUCCCUCGCCGUCACAGCUCCCCCCAACGCCGCUGACGAACACCAAUUCGCGGCCACACAGUCUCACACCACCAGACACUAAGGGCAUGAGCGGCGAGAGCGGCCAUGAAAUAGCCACGCCGCGGUCAGCAUCAACACCACCCACCACACUUCCAGACGCUGGGGUUCAUGCGUGUGACUUCUGUGGCAAGAAGUUCCGUUUCCAGAGCAACCUCAUUGUGCACCGUCGCACGCACACCGGAGACAAAGCGCUCAAGUGCACGAGCUGCGACUUCACGUGCCUCCAGUCGAGCAAACUGAAGCGCCACAUGAAAGUGCAUCGCACACCGGAUGACCAAAAGAGCAACACGGGCAGCGUGGAAACGCUCGAUGGCGAGGACGAGAGCAAUGACGAACUCGACGAGGAGGAUGAACUGCUCAAGGAUGACGAUGAUGAGGAGGAUCUUGAUGACGAGGGUGAAUUUGAGGACGAAGCUGAAGACUUGAGUGUUCCCAACUCCAAGAUCGUCUUGGAGACGCAGAAGCUUAUGAGCCAGGGCAGUGCGUCGAGCCUGGUGGGUGAGCUCAUGGAUAAGUUCGGACUGUCCAACAUUGCUCAGUACUCGGAGGCAUACAAGCAGGCUCUGCAGGAGUCAGGCAAUGCCCUCAAGCUCCAUCUCACGAGCAAGGAUCGCGACAACAACAACAGCGCCGGCGCUAUUCCGGGACUGCAGGAUAAACUGAAUGGUCUGCCCGUGGCAGCGCUGCGACUGCGUGAAGAGUUCACCAAGAACAUGCUCCAGCAGCAGUCGCAGCAGCAAUCUCAGGUACCUCUGUUCAAUCCCUUCGAGAACCCCUUCGAGGCCAGCAAGAGGAUCAAACUGGAGGGCGCCCCAGGACCAGACAGCGCCUGGUGGGGUCUGCCUGGAUUGCACCGCGGCAACUCACUCUUCGAGGACCUCAAAUCCAAGGGAGUGGGCGGAGUGCCGGGCGCCGCGGCGGGCCUACUGCAGAAUCCGCUGAUGAAGAAGGACCAGAAGCGCAACGACACUUGCGAGUUCUGCGGAAAGGUGUUCAAGAACUGCAGCAAUCUCACGGUUCACAGACGCAGUCACACCGGCGAGAAGCCGUACAAAUGCGAAUUGUGCUCAUACGCGUGCGCCCAGAGCUCCAAGCUGACGCGUCAUAUGAAGACGCACGGACGCAUGGGCAAGGAUGUGUACCGCUGUCGAUUCUGUGAUAUGCCGUUCAGCGUGCCGUCGACGCUCGAGAAGCACAUGCGCAAGUGCGUGGUGAACCAGGGAAAGCAGCAGGCGAGCUUGGCAGCGCCGCCGGGCGGCCACCUGCCCCUGCCGGCCGGCAUGCCCAUGAUAGGCGCCGAUGAUGAGGGUAGCAUGUCUAUGCCUAAGACGGAGGCCGCAUGACUCUUCCCGCCGUCCUGGGCCGCCGCUGCCGCGUAUCAGCUGCCGCCGGCCAGGCUCAUGUCGCGCAUCUUCUAGUCACGCUCCACCUAACCGCCGGCCAGCCGGGUGUCGCCGCGGCGGCACACAUGAACACCCAUCACUCACACCAAAGCCGAUGCGAUCCCUGUUGUUUUCUAAGUUGAUAGCGUUCAAAGUGCUGAGACAGAGGAGAAAGUCCAGGCGCGCGAGAAGAGAGGAGACAGGCAGUAUCAGUAGGAUCCUUAGAGUAUUUUUUUUUGUAUAACCUUCUUGUCUGUUUUAUUAUUUGUAACGUGUCUUAUUUAAUCUUAUGAGGUCGUAAAUCGCAUGCAAUCGAUUGCAGGAGAUCCAACCAAGGCGAUCGAUCGGAUAAACCCCGUAAAGUAUACAAAAAAAAACAUUAGACUACACCAAAUAAUUGCACCACGUGUUUCAAUUCUCCUGCAAGCGACUGUUGCGAACCAGAUUCCCAAUGAUUUUGUAAAUAAACCCUUUAAUUCACAACGUAAAAGAGAAAAAAAAAUCUCCAAAUUGAUCUACUUUUUUCCGAAUUCAAGACUGAUGAAUUAUCAUAAAAAUUCCUUGUUGAUCUUUUCUCCCUCACAAGAAACCUAAUAUUUUUUGCGAGGGAAUUUGCCAGACAUUUACUUUGUAAACCAAUUAAUUUUUAUGAAUGGAUUUCUGUGACGAAAUUUGUUAUUUGUAUUUAUAGAUUAAAUUCGUGCGUGAAUUCUCACCAGAGAUUUUUUUUUCUUCCACAAAAAAUGCACAAAAAAUCUCUGUUGGGGAGGAAUUUGAUCUACUUUUAUGUCCGCGAAAAUCGUUGAAUGAAUCCUUGAGUAUUGAGAUUAAAGAAUUGAUGAGGAACAGGAUAAGAACACAUUCCUCUCUUUUCUUUCCUUUAAGAAACUAAAAAUCCCUAAUGAUUAGCUUAAUAAUUGUGUCUUUUAUUUCUGAAAUUGUGUAUUUUUUGGCCAUUAACACAUUUUCUGUUUUCCUCAUUUUUAUAACUUGAGUUUUCUUUCGAAAUGAUUUUUAUUGAUGCAUUAAGUUGAAUUUUGAAUACGACAAUGGACCAUAUCCAAGAAGAAGCCACUAAAAAUCUUCGAACAUUAGUAGGGGAAGAAAACUGCCACUUGUUUGUGGAUAUUGGAAAGUAUUGGUGAAAAUCAUAUUUAGAAUUUUAGUCGCAUUAUAACAAUUACCUUAAAAACACAAAGAAAUUGAAACUAAAUUGAAAACUCGCAUUUUUGAUGAUAAAGUGAAAGAGAAAAUUAUGGAGGAUCUACAAGUAAUUAAUAAAGUAUGUUAUAAAUAAAUGAAUUAUCACUAAAUUUACUGUAAGAAGAGUAAUGGAUAAUAGAAUAGUGAAAGAAAAUAAUAUGAAUGUACAAAAAUUGAAUAUUUGAAAGAAGAAAAAUCCACAUAAUUGUAUUUCAGUGAGAACGAGAUGAAGGAAAAAGUAUUACUGGAUGAACUUCUUGAAUGAACCACUCAAGAAGAUAUAAGAAAAAAAAACAAAUAUUCCUAUUAAUUGUAACAAUGAAAGUAUAAUACAAAAAAGAAAUGAAUCUUGAUAAAACAUUUGUAAAUGUUCACAAUGCAAUUAUAGAAAAAAAUUUCUAAAGAAAAUUCAUAAUAGAGUAAUGAGGAAAAAGUGUAUCGAAAAUGUCUCAAUGUCCUUUUGAAAUAUCUUAAAACUGAAAAUAAUUUCAGAAAUAUAACACACGAAAAGAAUUAACUUGAUAUAACUUUUCUUUCUUUUCCUCAAUUCAUUCUCUGGGUGAUUUAUUUUUUAGAUCGUCACGUAAGAUGUAAAAAAAUCAUCGUAUUUGUAGCACAUUUUUUUAAGGAAGAACGCAACUCAAGUAAAAAGAUGUGAAAGAUUGUCAUUUAUAGUCAGACGAAUUGAAACUCAGAAUUAAUAGUAGUUUAAAUAGAAAUAAACAGAGAAAUAGAUAAUGAGAUGAAGAAAGAAAAGAAAUAAGAAAACUACAUUUGAACACAGGGUAUUUGACAUUAAUAAAAAAUAGAGAAGUAAUAAGAGAAAAUUAAAUAAUAACAAAAUCACAAUACACAAACGAAAAAAAGACAUAUUAAUUUUUUGCAUGUUUUUUGUAAUUAAUAAAUUGGUCGACGUUUAUAUUCUUUGUCAAUUAGUCACAUUCUCUCCCUCCCAUCAUAUGAAAUCAUUCAACAAAACCUCAUUGAACUUUUAUCAAUAAAAAAUCCCACAACUAAUUAAUAGAAGGAAGAAACUGAGAAGAAAAAGAUAUUCAGAGUUUCUUUGCAAUUACAAAAACACACACACACACAAGGAAAAAAAAGUAAAAAAGCAGAAAAGAGAGAAAUGAAACCAACAUUAAUGAAAAUCUAGACCUUAUAGAAAAGUAUAUUUAAGAUCCACUUUUAAAUUAUUUAUAUAUAAAAUAUAUAUUAUAAAUAGAUCCAAAUUGAAUUACUAUCUUUAAUAAGGACGUAUUUAAGAUGAUGAGUAAUGGAAAAAAACACAGUGAAAAUAGAGCAAGAUAAAAUCUAUUAAAUGUAACUUAUUGAAUGUUUUCAAAUACGAAUUCAUGAAGAAGCAAAAAGAAUCAACGCAAAAAAUGUAUAAAUGUAAUCGGUGAAACGUAAAAGAAAUCACGUGAGAUGCAGAUCUUGAAAAAGGAGAUUGUUUCAUUUUAAAAAAUAUACAGAGAAAACAGUGAAAAAUACACGAAUAUUUUAUUUCCCCUCCAAAAGACUCUCCUUUAGCCACAAUGAACGACGAUUCGCCAUCAAUUCGCCCGCAGGUAGGCAAAUGAGUAGUGGUUGGAGGAUUUCAAUUUCCAGGUGUUGCAAACUUCCUUGCCUUUUUCUCAUUUUACAGAUAAAUCAAUAGAAAUCGACUGGAGAAU